AUGGAAGCGUACAUGGCAUGGACAUCCGACAACUUACGACGAGAAAUCAACAGGCGCAAGCUGAAGCCUACACCAAUGCCCACCAAGAAGGUCGAUCGAGCGAUUCUUUUGGUGGCUCACGAUGGGCGAAAGGCCCAGGUCGGGGCGAGUGGGUUGAUUGGAGCGGAAGAGGAGGAGGGGGAUGCGGACGAUGAUGACGAUGAAUUCGUCGAUGCGAAUGAAGAUCCUGGAACGGAUCAUAACAGCGAGGAUGAAGUGGAGGCGGCAACACACCCAGCUGAAGGCGGGAAAGCAAGCAAUGACGACACGGAGCAAGACGCUGCUUCAACGCCAUCCGCGCACCUAAGUCAUGGCAAAAAGCGCAAGCAACCACAAACAGAAUUGGAAGACCGCACCACCAAACGUCAGCACUACAACGACCCGUCUGCAAAUGUACUACCCAACCUACCAUCACCAUUUCCACCAAUAUCAUCACCGCCAUCACCAUCUCCACCUGAAUCAACACCGCCAUCACCGUCACGCCAGCAGCAUGACACCGUCAUCGCGCUAGAACAAGAGAACCUGAGCGCUCGCGCCAAACGCGCCCUGCGCCCUGUUGACCGCUCUCUCACCAACCUCAAUGCCUGGAUAAACGAUGUCGUUGGCUUAGGCAACCUUGCACCCGGGGACCCGACCCCAGGUCAGAUCGUUAGUGAGGUGGCUGAAGAUGUUCGACGUUGGAUGGAGCGGUGCAGUCGUGGAGUGGAAGAGAGAAUAGGGCUGGUGGAUAGGGAGGUCGAGGACAUGGCGAAUCACCAGGAUGAGGAAGUUUAA